GGGCUUAAACUCCAAAAAUGUAUUUAUAAAUUAGCUUCCUUUAUUGUUUUGUAGUUCUCAUACUUUUAUCAAAAUUCUCCGUGCGUAAACACUACCUAGUGAAAUAGGUAUAGAAUACAUUUCGAGGUCUAAAAAUGGCUGACAAAAGUGUAAAAUCUCGCCCAAAUCCUGGCAUACAGUUCAGCUCAGCAGCUGGCUCAGCGGAGACAACGCGCAAAAUGUUGCUCUUCAAGCAGCUGCUGAAGCAGGUGUUGAGCCGAGAUCGUGUGAGACCUCGAAGAAAUGCAACAGUACGAUAUCGGAGCAAGCAACAACAACUGUAAACAGAGCAGCCAUUGUGAUUAAGUAAAUUGUUACAACUGGUAUUUGGAGUGCAAACAUCACUUGGUAGUUUAUUUACGACAAUACAACAAAUUUGGUUCUACUUUUUAUUUUUAAUAAAUGUGUCUGUAAAAUAUUUCAA